AUGUAACAUCCAAGAUCAAUUUCAGCUCAUUAUAAUACUUGUAAUUCUUAGUAUGGAAAUGGAUGGUUAUUGCAUGAAGGGAAACAAUAAGUUAAAUUAGAUUAAAUACCAGUUCCUACAUAUGCUGAAAUUGUUAGAAAUAUGCAAGUAUAUGCAAUUUCUAUAUUUUUGUAAAGGAUUUUAGAAGAGCUGAAAAACUAAUUAAAAAUAAAUUAGUGGCCUAGCAAUUUGGUUUAGAGAAACAAUCAUAAGAGAUAGAAAAAGAAAUAUAAAAAAGGAAAAUUGAUAAUAAAGUACCUCCAAAACCAUUUCCAGUUAGAGAAAAUGAAUAUACUAAACCUACUUAAGGAAUUAAUGUUGGUAUCACAGUUUUGUUAUAUGAUAGGAUCACCUAUUUAUGAAACUUAGAAUAUGUUAUAUGGACAAUUAAAUCCAACAAAAUUUGAAUUAAUUGAAAAAUUUUAUCCAAGAGAAGCUAAAUUCACAUAAGGAUUCCUUGGACAUAAUUAUAAAUUUGAUGGACUUAAUACUAGUGUUGCAUUUUCAAAAACUCAUAAAGCAUUAGAUGAAUACUGA